AUGGAUGUUCUCUUUUUGGGGUCCAUAAAAUUGUGCUCAUCCCGAAUCCAGAGCAAGGUAUCACUUUCAGUUUAUGGUGGCUUGCCACAGUUGGGACAGCUUGUUUGCUCUACAUAUACAAUAAUCAUCCUUGGUACCUUCAGCAAUAGAACAGUAGUAGUUGUUCUAAGAAGAGGAAGAAUGGCAUUUGUCGUGGACACAGAACAAGGGGCCACUGGACCAAGCUUGAUUUCAUAUGCCAUGCAAGGGAAAUGGGAAAAAGUUGUAGAUAUAUGCAAGGAAGAUCCGUGGGCUCAUGAUGAGAAGACCACUACAUCAGGGGACACGGCAUUGCAUAUAGCAGUAUCAGAUGGCAGAGAAGAUGUAGUGGUAAAACUAGUCCAACUGAUGGCCCAUCGCAACGUGUAUCUGAUUAAUAUAAAAAAUGAUCGAGGGAACACCCCUCUCCAUUUGGCGGCGUCAGUAGGCAACGUUCGCAUGUGCAAGUGCAUAGCUGCUGAGUAUCCAGAACUGGUGGGUGUUCGCAACAAUGAAAAUGAGACCCCUCUCUUCUUAGCAGCUCUCCAUGGUAUGAAAGACGCUUUCCUUUGCCUCUCUAACAUUUGUAGCAGUACUGCUAACAACAAAGUGUAUGAGUACCUUCGGAGGAGUGAUGGAGAAAAUAGUCUUCACUGUGCCAUCACCGGAGAAUACUUCGAUUUGGCAUUUACAAUUAUUCAUGAGUAUCCUGACCUCGUCAAUUAUGUCAAUGAGAGAGGAAUCUCCCCUCUCCACCUCCUUGCUUCUAAGGCUACUUUAUUCAGAAGCGGAACUCGACUGAAUUGGUUCGACGAAAUCAUUUAUCUUUGUGUGCCUGUCAAAAAGCUCCUUCCACAGAAAUAUGAAGCUGACGAGAACCCUAACCAUACAGAGAAUUUCUAUAUAUUAACCAACUUAUGGAAGAUGAUCAAAGCAUCAGGUAAACAAUCAAGCCAUAACGCUCGAAGACAAGAGCGGCCUCAUCCAAAUUAUUAUGGCAUUUGCUAUGAGAACUUCAUCAAGCUUGUAGCUAAAGCAUGGACAUUGCCGGCUGUUAUGGAUCAAGACAUAUAA